AUGGAGGCAGAGAACCACUACAGCGCUCUUUUCGCACAGGCCAUGAACACCCCGGCCAUGAUGGCCCACCAUCACUUCGCUACCCCACCACCACCUACCAUCGACCCUUCAUCAACAACCAUCAAGAUGGAGGACUUCGCAGCACAUCUCGCAUAUACCUCAUCUCCCUUCCCUCCCACAUCACAUCCCGCCACACCAGACCUCUCCUCGACAUCAUCACAAGCCGACGGCAAGCCCGGAAAGAAGAGGAAGUCAUGGGGCCAGGUGCUCCCAGAGCCAAAGACCAACCUGCCCCCACGUAAGCGGGCCAAGACCGAGGAUGAGAAGGAGCAACGGAGAAUCGAACGAGUGAAGCGUAACCGCCUCGCUGCCCACAACUCCCGCGAGCGUAAGCGACAAGAGGUCGAGCAUCUUCAGGACGAGAAGGACAAGCUCGAGGCCGACCUCCAGGCCGCUCGAGCUGCCAUGGCCCGCAUGGCGGCUCAGCUGAAGGCAUUCCAACAACGUCACCCCAAUGAAGUCAUCGACGAAACCUUCGACACAUCAUCAACCGCCAACGAGACCAACUUCGAAGCCCUUCUCGGACCCUCGGAAACUGUCAACCCCCGCCAAACCUCAUUCCCCAGCCCCGUAUCAAUGGCAUCAAUGGACUCUCCACGAGAUGAGUCCUGCGCGCCAGAUACGCCAGCGUACACAGAGAGCGUGAUUACCGAUCUCGACCAGACACGAUAUCCUGCUGCGAUAUUGUGUGACCUGCACGACGCUGGCCUAUCUUACUCUUUUCAACCUCACAUGCCGUCCUUUGACGACAAGCCUCUUGACGAUCUGUUUAGCUUUGACUCGUUCCCAGAAACUCAACUGGAGCAGUCAGCAACUAGCUUGGUGGACAGCUCAGACUUCUUCACCGGCUCUCUCUUCGACGCCCACACCAGCAACCCUUAUGGCCUUUCUGACGCGUUUGAUACAAAGCACCACUUCGACUUGCAGACAGCCUCUGGCGCAGCGCUUACCGCUUGCGACGAGGCUCUCGCAGCCACAGAGGUGUAG